AUGCAGCAGGCUAUGCGGAAAGCCGCUCGUGAAGUCCUUGGUGACGAGACCAAAUGGCCGCACGAGCUUGUCUUUAUCUCCCGCAACAUGCGAAUUGUGCAAGCGAAUAACCAAUAUCUAGGUUCCCCUGUUAACCGCAUUAAGAUUAUGGGGACAUGGGCAUCCCGUGCGCUUGUUGAGUCUCUGGAUCUGCCACUGUCACAAAAGAUUAAGAACUACGGCCGGCACAUUGUGUUCAAGUUUGUGAUUCUGACCUCAGAUGUCUUUUUCUACUGGUAUAAAUUCCGGCAGAUGCUGGGCUGGGGUGGGGGUAUGGAAGAUGAGAUAGAGGCGCAGAUGCAGCAUAUGGCGAGAGAUAUGGGAGUCGAGCUGAAUCAGCCCAUAUUUGAGGGUUGA